AGGGAAAGAUGGUCCGCGUACGCAUCUUCUGCCAUGCCGACCUCCAAGCCCUGCGGAACCGCUCCGAUCAGCACCUGUCUGUAGAGCUCGUCUCUCUGGAUUCCGUGAGCAUAGCGAGCGACUCGUGUAAACUCCUCCUCAACCUGAUUGAGGGGAGGGACUAUCCCAAGAAGGUCAAGCUGACUGAGCGGAGGUACUGGAGCUGCAGCCAGAUGGUUCUCCUCUCGCUGAUAGCAGGCGUGGCGCUGGAGCUCCACAAGAUCAAGCAUGAUCUGUAUCCCCUCCUUUCUCGGGAGGCCAAGCUGGGAGACGACGGCUUCGUGGAACACCUCCUACUCCUCAAGAACUCAGCACUUGCGCUCGUACGUCUGGCCAAGGACGCUAAGGAAAUAGUCGAAGGACUUGAUCAGGAGGUUGUGAUCGAUGGGCUCUUAGGCAAAGUUAAAAAGUUUGGCAAAGUGGUAGAGGAUACCGCUGAUCUGGUAUUGAAAGCGAACCUCCAACCGGUCCUCCACAUCUAAGCAAGAUGUGUCAUGGAAGAAGAUGAAGUUAUAGAGAAGAUUAGGCCUUGAUGUUCUACAGGUAAUUGUUACAGCCUUUCCAGAUCUGAACCGUGGUGCAAGCUAGGGGUUGUUAACUUUGUGUGGUUGUGUUAUAUGGCAGCAAGGUGGUGUAUUGGAUUCAGUGGUGUGAGAUAUGUGCGUGCUGCCACCUUUGCUUAAUACUUUUUUCAUCAACCGUAUUGCAAGCUAGGGAUUGUUGAUUUUGUGUGGUUGCAUUGUUGUUCUG